AUGCGCCUUCUACAUUUCGUGCUGAUCGCCUUGUUGGCCGUGUUUUCGGUGUCGGCAAGUCCGUUCAUGGAAGACCGAAGACCCUAUCGCCAAGCCCUCGUCCGUUUCGGAAGAGCAGCACCACACAGGAGCGCAUUGAUUAGAUUCGGGAAACGCAGCGACCCGCUAAUGUUUAACCCCGAGUAUCUAGAAGAGGCCGACGAGCUGAAC